AUGGAAACCCUUGCACCUCCACCAAAGCUGACCCAUCUAUUUACUCUGCGUUGCGUGGUGGACCCGCCAAUGGAGAUUGGAAAUGGCCCCUACGGUCGGCGGCGCUGCGUACCGAUCAUGUCGGGAUCGGUACGAGGCCCUUACUUUAACGGAGAGGUUGUCCCUGGAGGAGCAGACUUUAUGCUAGUGGAAGAUAACCAGACGACACAUGUUAAUACCAACUACGUUAUCAAAAGUGAUGAUGGCGCGCUACUUUAUAUCAGAACCGAAGGCACGCGAGCUGGACCUCCAGAGGUGUUGAAAGCGCUGAUGGAGGGCCACGAGAAGUACAAGUGGAUGAAUGACCGAGUUAUCAUCGGGCGAGCCACCAGAGCCAAGGGAGAAGUUGCCUAUGAUGCGUAUUUCCUGGAAAAUGAUCCAUGA